UCAGAGGACAAAAUGCUAGACCAGCGAUUGGCUGAUUCGCAUUGCGCUCAACAAUCUUCUGCUCGCGUAGUCAGCCCCUCUAUUCACAUGUAAAUGGGGUGAGGCGUUAUAAAUACCUACUACUGGCACUAUCGUUGCGCUUGAGGCUGCAUAACAAAUCAAGUGCCCGUCUGCACAAGUACAGUUUGGCUUUGUUUGCAACAGGGACCGGAGGCCAUCUGUCCCAUUCACGGUGUGUAACGGUCGUGUGGAUUUAUCAACCCUCCGUUUUUGGCAGUGUCUGGGUUAAACUUCUCCAACAUGGCCCCCACUCCCAAUAAUAAAAACGGACUGAGAAGAGACGAGGGUGAAUACUAUGGCAUUAAAGUGGACAGAAAGACCAGAAAACCGUUGGUUGAGAAAAAGAGACGGGCUCGCAUCAAUGAAAGUUUGCAAGAACUCCGAGUUCUGCUCGCAGACACAGAUUUACAAUUAAAGAUGGAGAACGCCGAAGUGCUGGAGAUGACUGUGAAACGAGUGGAGAGUAUCAUUCAAAGCCGAGCACAAGAGGUGGACACUGUGAACCGGGAGGCAAGCGAAAGGUUUGCUGCGGGCUACAUCCAGUGCAUGCAUGAAGUGCACACCUUCGUGUCCAACUGCCCUGGAAUUGACGUGACCAUUGCGGCAGAGCUCUUGAACCACCUCCUCGAAUGUAUGCCCCUAAACGACGAGGACAAAUUCCAGGUGAUGAUCCAAGAUAUCAUGACAGACUGCUCCACUAACAGUAACAGCACUUGGCCCAGUUCUGAGGGCAUAUACGCAGCACUGGUCUCCCCUGGGGGAAAGAGCAUCUCCAGCGGCAGCUCCUCAGCCCUCUCCCCGGUGCCCUCCACCACCUCCAGCGAUGACCUGUGCUCGGAUCUGGAGGAGACUGACUCUGAGCAGAACCACAUCUCUGUGGACGCUGAGAAGCAGGAUGUUCUGAACAUGCCCACAGCGGCUUAUUCCGAGUCCAUGUGGAGACCCUGGUAGAGCCCCAAAUGAGGUCUACAACUGUCCUGUACUAGAGGAAUAGCCUGCAAUAGUUCUUGUAUAUUGGGUUUUAUUCUGUAAUGCUGAAGAUCAAAUUCCUUGGAAUGUUGUUAGGCUGUUGGAUGAGAGAUUUUGUAGGACUAGCAUGUGAAGUGGGACUCUAUAACUUCACUUGGCAAUGCAAAGUGUUGCAAAUAGGCUAGAGGUGGCAUCAUUUUAAAAAGCUCUUUUUUCUAUUUGAACCAUUCUAAUAAUGCGUUUGAACAACUAAUAAGUAUUCAAGCUAUUUAAUGAAUUAAUUGUAUGUAAUAGUUCAACUUUGAAUAAUUCCACAUUGUUAUAGAUCUGAGAUGUCUUUUUGCCAGAUAUAGGUGGUUUAAUUACCUUCAGUGAAGGGAGGGUACAGUAGGCCUGAAUGCAGAUGUAAAUAUGUAAUUGUUAAUAGUAUGGCUGUAUAGAAAAUAACCUGUCCCAUUAAACCACACAUAGUAAUGUGUAAAUUAUUUUAUAUGUUUAGGUUGAGGAAAAUAAAUGUUGUAACAUUAGUCUGUAACAUUGUAAUAACACCGUUUUUUAAGUGUUUGUGCCUGAUUAUGUCAUGUCCAUAUCUCAUUUCAGACAUAAAUUGUCAAACACUGACUUAGUUAAUUUUAUUAAAAGCAUUUUCUCUUCA